CGUUGAGAAAACACAAAAUUCAAAUUUAUAUAAUUUAAAAAAAAACUUAAACGUUAUUCGACAGACCAGAGAUAUUUAUCAAGAAGAAAUGUUGAACUGUAAAUAAUGUGGAUAGUUCUACUCCUACUGAGCUCCGGAACCGUCCUGCACGGAGAGGAUCGGAUAAUAGUUCAGACUAAGGACGGGAAGGUUCGGGGAGAGACUCUCCGGAGUGAUCUAGGGAAGGAGGUUGAUGUCUGGGAUAGAAUUCCCUUUGCUCAACCCCCAGUAGGAGAACUCAGGUUUCAGCAUCCGCGUCCUAUCAAGCCCUGGACUGGUGUAAAGAAUGUUACCGGAAAACCGAACAGUUGUAUCCAGAUUUCCGGGAUAUCUUUCCCAGGACACCCAGGAGAGAAGGUUUGGGUUUAUAAUACUCCGAUAAGCGAGGAUUGCCUGUAUCUGAGUAUAACUAAACCAGCCGGAGCUUACAACAAAAACCUUCCAGUUAUGGUUUGGAUUUAUGGAGGUUCAUUUUACUCCGGAACCUCAACCCUGGAGCUAUACGAUCCUAAAAUCCUGGCUUCGGAGAGAAAUAUAAUUGUUGCAUCAAUCCAGUACAGGGUUGCAUCAUUAGGGUUUCUCUUCCUUGAUACAAAAGAUGUACCUGGGAAUGCUGGACUGAUGGAUCAAGUGAUGGCUCUAACCUGGAUUAAGAAUAAUAUUCGAGGGUUCGGAGGGGAUCCAGGAAGCAUAACUCUUUUCUCAGAAAGCGCCGGAUCUGCUAGUGUAGGGUUCCAUCUUGUUUCUCCGCUCUCAGCAAACCUUUUCCAUCGAGCCAUCCUGCAGUCAGCUACAGGUUUAAAUCCUUGGGGACUAAUUACCAAGGCGGAGGCGAGGCGGAGAGCUCUGUUGCUGGCGGAGAAGAUGGAUUGUCCCUCCGACACCACAUACAUCACCAACAUUAUCAGUUGUCUCCGAGCCGCCAACAGUACGGCUCUAGUUAACUACGAACAUGAUAACAUUGUUUUCGGUAUCUGCUCUUUCCCAUUCGUACCGAUCGUGGACGGAUUGUUUCUCCCGGCCAGCCCUGCCAAACUCCUGGGUUCCGGAGCAUUUCCUAGACGGGAGAUACUACUUGGAGCAAACCAGGAUGAGGGCUCAUAUUUCCUUAUCUAUUACCUUACGGAGAUAUUUAAACUCAGCGAUAACAUUACGGUAUCUCGGGAUGAGUUUGACAACGCAGUCUCGGAGCUGAACCUUUACGUGAAACCUAUCGGUCUCUCCGCUAUUAAGUUCCAAUACACUGACUGGAUGGACCCGGAGAACUCUAGAAGUAGAGCAAGAUCGUUGGAUAGAAUGGUCGGAGACUUUCAGUUUACUUGUCCAGUUCUUCAUUUUGCAGAAAUAUUUGCUGCUAGAGAACCAUCCAUCAAUGUUUAUGUUUACCACUUCCGACACCGGACAGUUAACUCCCCCUGGCCAAUCUGGAGCGGAGUUAUGCAUGGAGACGAGAUUGCAUUCGUCUUCGGAGAUCCGUUUAGGUUCUAUAUUUAUUAUUUAGAUUCUAAUUUUAACAAAAUUCUUUAAAUAUUU